AUGGAGACGGCUUUUCACGCGGGAGCGAGGCAGCGCUGGCCGUCUGCAGGGGCGCGUAGGGGGUUCGCCACGCCCGGCCGGCACGGGGCCAAGUGCAGCAUUCUCACGUCCUCCACCGCCCGGGCGCUCUCCACGGGGCGCGUGCGGCGCCCGCAGCGGCCAGCUCAGGGCGCCUCGAGGGGCCCUGGGCCUGCCCUGCCGCAGCACGAGAGCCCUCCCCGCACACCGCAUCACGACCCUCCGAGCCACGCUCGGUGGCAGGACUCGCAUUCUCAAGAUCAGUCACAUUCAUGGCAACAUCAAAGCAGGGCAUCACAGCCCGACAGGACACGUCAAGCGAAGAUUGACAGCACAGGCCCCAUCCACAGCCCAGCUCGCACGUCGACCGGCGCGCGGCCGUGGCAGGGAGGCGCCGGCGGCGCCACGUCGUACCGCGCCCCCCGCGACGCACCCGCCCACACCUCGACGUCGCGGGCACGGCGGUUCCCGGGCGCGCCCUCGCCGCCCGUCUGGGACGCGUACGCAAACGGGCAGCGCAACGCGCGCCGGACGAACCCAGCGGAGCUGCAGUACGUGCGCCAGGGCACGGGGGCAGCCCCGGGCAAGCUCGCGGCAGGCGCCAGCGCGGCGCUCCCGGCGACGGACGGCGGCGAGGAGGCCGUGAUCGCGUACCUCAUGGACGUCCUCGAAAUGACGCGCAAGCAGGCCUGCCAGGCCGUGGAGCGAGCGUCCGGCGAGUACGAGAAGGAGUUUCCGGGCAAGUGGGGGUGGUCGGUGGACGAGGUGGUGCGCCCGACCGUCGAGGUGCUCCUGGGGACCGGCCUGACCGUCGACGACGCGCGGAAGGCCAUCCGCGUGUGCCCGGACCUCCUCCGCCGCCGCUCCGACACCAUCCGCGCCAAGCUCGACUGCCUGGCCUCCGUCGGGGCUCCCGACGUGGUCAUCCGCCGCGCGAUCACGAACUUCCCGGGGCUCCUGCGGCUGUCCGCGGCCGACAAGAUCCUCCCGACGCUCGAGUGGCUCCGCCGCGACGUCGGGCUCUCGGACCGCCAGCUCCACGCCGUCCUCCGCCACUUCCCCCAGGUGUUUGGCUACUCCCGGGAGUCGCGCCUGUCCGGGAAGCUCGCGACGAUCGUGCGGCUCGGACUGUCGCCGCAGGAGCUCCGGGACGUGCUCGGGCGGUUCCCCGCGGUGAUGGGGCUGUCGGAGCAGCGCAUUACUGCCACGUGGGGGCACAUGCGCGCGUACGGGUUGUCGGAGGACGAAGUGCGCGCGCUCGUGCGGGGGUUUCCGUCGCUGCUCGGAUACAAGGCCAGCACGCUCGACCUCAAGAUCAUCGCGCUGAUCUGCCUGCUCCAGAUGCCUCUGGAGGCGGCGGUUGCGUUCCCGACGUACUUCGGGUACUCGCUCGAGCAGCGCGUGGGUCCGCGUGCUGCGUUCAUGCGGAGUGUGCUCGGGGACGCGAACGGCGUGCUGCCGCUGCGGGAGCUCGUCGGACACCACCUGGGCACGGAGCCCACGCCGGGCGCCGUGGCUGCGCUGCUGAAGCGCGCGUGCAGCGAGCGCCGGGCGCUCCCAGCGGCGGCAGCGACGACAGCAGAGGUGGCGACGGAGGGCGGGGCCGCGGGGACGCCGAUCACGUCGACGACGUCCACGCUGCUCAAGAAAUACAGCAGUGGGAAGCUUGGCGGGGAUCCGGGGUGGCGACGGCGCAAGCGCGGGCUGCUAGGGUCGCAGGAUGACGCGGGGUCCGGGUCGGAGGGGCCGGUGGGUCGGCGGGGCGCGCGAGGGCUGACGGGCAGCGUGGACGGCGACGCCAGCCAACAGGGGCCGCGGUCGGUGGACGAGCUGCGCGGGUCCGUGGUGCCGGAAGAGGUGCCGCAGACCGUCUCGCUGCUGGGGCCCGUGGAGGACGGUGACGCCUCACCGGCAGACCUGGAGGACUGGGAGGGCGGCGACCCGGUGCUGCGGCAGGCGUUCAAGGAUGCCCGCGCGGCGCGGAGCGCCAGCGCCUCGCGGCCGGCCGGGCCGGUCACGGGAUCUGGCGCCCCGCGGCGCCCCCCGCGCUCCGUCCCGCGUCCGUUCCGGCACUGGAAGUGGCUGGUGCUGACCGACGCGGCUUUCGUGGAGUGGCUCUCAGGGGAGGCGGGGCGGCACGCGACGGACGAGUCGGACCUGCUGCAGCAGAGCAUCACGCAGCAGCAGUACAAGCUGUUCGCGGAGGAGUGGCGGCAGGCGAACUCGCAGUGGCUCAAGGAACUUGCGCAGGAGCUAGCUGCACAGAGCAAAGUGUGA